CUCAAUUAUGACAAAACGGCAAGACAUGGGUUUAAAAUGUUUGGGAAAAUAUUUAAUGAAUGAAAGACAGCGACAAUCGUUAUGUAAAAGAAAAUGUGAAGUCAUGUUCAUCACUGAUGUGUGUUUCCUCUGAGGCCGAGACUAACCGAUAGACUCAUAUAAAAACAUAUGCAAUACUUUAAAAUUCACUGAAACCUCAUGUGUCUACAGAUUAUAAAAGGACUAUAACUUUAUUUACUAUACUAUUAACAAACAAAUAAAUUUAUUAACUAUUAUAAAGUGAAACAUUACUUAUUUAUUUAUUAAAAAUGAAACAUAAUAUAUUAUUUAUUUGUUUAAUAAAUUCGUUAUUAAUUAUAACUCAAGUCAAUGGACAGGGAAGAGGUGGCGGCGGCGGCGGAGGAGGAGAUAUUUUAAGCGGAUUGGGACUAGGUAAUUUAGGAUUUGGAAAUCUUGGUCUCAGUGAUUUGGGUGGUUUAGGUUUAGGUAAUUUAGGCGGGGGGCUUGGGGGUGCACAGGGUGGUGGAGGUCAAGGAUUAGGUCCACUUGCAGGACAAGGACUUAGUGGUUUUGGUGGCGGUAAUAGAAGAGGUGGUGGAGGAGGACUCGGCGGCUUAGGAGGACUCGGAAAUCUUGGUGGUGGUAGAGGUGGAGGAGGAGGAGGAGGCGGUGGACUUGGUCCUCUUGCAGGACUUGGAGGUCUCGGUGGUCUUGGUGGAGGUGGUGGUGGUCAGGGAGGUCAAAAUCCGUUGGCUGCAUUAGGAGGCGGUGGCAAUCCAUUGGGUGCUUUGGGACAAUUAGGACAGGCACUUGGUUUAGGAGGCUUGGGAGGACUAGGAGGAUUAGGGCAGGGAUUAGGACAGGGAUUGGGAGGUGGACAACAAAGGCAACAAGGAGGAGGAGGAGGAUUGGGUGGACUCGGAAAUUUAGGAGGAUUAGGACUUGGAGGAGGAAAUAGAGGUGGUCAGGGAGGAGGUCUUAAUCUGGGCGGUUUGGGUGGCGGUAAUCAAGGAAUUGGUGAAAAUGAUGGAACUCAAGGAUUUGAGAAUUUAGAUGGAGGUCUAGGAGGAUUAGGCGGUGAUGGCCAAGAUUAUGGUGGGGGUCAAGACAUAAACAUAGACGGCGGAGACUAUGGAGGAGAUGCCGGAGCGGAUGGACUUAAAAAAUAAUUACAAAAAUAUUCAAAGGCCAAAUAAGUUAUUCAAAGGACAACCGUCUAAAACAAAUACAUUUAAAUUGAUUUUAUUAUUGUUAUGUUUGUUACCACCAAAUGUAUUAUACA